GGCAGGCCAGCGUUUAUUUUGGCUCUGCUACUCAUUUGUCUCGCUGUCGCCGCCAUUAAACAACACGGAGGCAAUGUAAACCAUGGAGAGCCGCGGAUUUGUACCAUGAUUCGAGGAGCUCAGAGGCUUUGUCGAGGUUGGCUUUGUUCGGCAAGAGGUUAAUGUGUCCCUAAAGGUAAACAUGUGAGAGAGGAGAAGAGUCGAAAUAAUUCGGAUUGGGAAAGGUUUGAUUGAGCAGGAGGGGGAGGCGAAGGAGGAGAAGAGGGGACUGGACAAGAAGGGUUUGUUGUGGUUUUCAGCUUCACUUGAGAAACGAGAGCACUCACGAAACGGUCAAACAGCUACAGUGAUCCACAAUGACGGAACAGAAGGUAAAGUGGGCCUGUGACUACUGCACCUAUGAGAACUGGCCAUCUGCAGUCAAGUGUACUAUGUGCCGUGCACAAAGGUUGAGGGGUCCCAUCAUCACGGAGGAACCUUAUAAGAACAGUCCUGAUCUGGACCCUCCUAGAACUGAAAGCGGAAGCAGCCUCCUCAUCUGCCCCGACUCCAGUGCCAGGCCAAGAGUCAGGUCAGCUAGUAUGGCUGAGAUUGCCAGUAAAUGGUCCUGCCAGAUGUGCACCUAUCUGAACUGGCCACGUGCCAUCCGUUGCACACAGUGUCUGUGUCAGCGCCCGAGGACCAGCAGCCCCACCGAGUCCCCCCAGACCUCUGGCUCCAACGCAGGCUGCCGCCCUGCUGUCCACUCUCCUGUGGACACCUGCGAGGAGUACAAUGACAGAAACAGACUCAACACCCACCAGCAGCACUGGACAUGCACAGCUUGCACUUACCAGAACUGGCCCAGAACUACAAAGUGCGUGGUGUGCGACCUUCCCAAGCCCAACAACCAGGAAGCCAUAGAAUUGGCCGAGUCAGCAGAGCCCUCACCCAUGAUCAAUGAGCAGGACAGGGCUCGGUGGAGGGGCAGCUGCAGCGGAGGCCAGGGUCAGAGGAGAUCCCCUCCAAUGCCCAAGAGGGAGGACCACGUCAAAAUGGACUUCCAGAGGAUAGAGGUCGCAGCUGGAGCCAUGAGCAAAGAGGAGCAAGAGGUCGACUUCAAGAAGUUAAAGCAGAUUAGAAACCGAAUGAGGAAAACAGACUGGCUGUUUCUCAAUGCAUGUGCUGGCGUCGUGGAGGGAGACCUGGCGGCAGUAGAAGCAUACAAAUCGUCCGGUGGCGACAUAGCCCGACAGCUCACCGCUGACGAGGUGCAGCUCCUCAACCGCUCCUCGGCGUUUGAUGUAGGCUUCACCCUGGUCCAUCUGGCGAUUCGCUUCCAGAGGCAGGACAUGCUAGCCAUCCUGCUAACAGAGGUGAACCAACAGGCAGCUAAGUGUAUCCCCUCCAUGGUGUGUCCUGAGCUGACGGAGCAGAUCCGCAGGGAGAUUGCAGCUUCACUUCAUCAACGCAAAGGAGAUUUUGCCUGUUACUUCCUCUCCGACUUGGUCACCUUCACUCUGCCUGCAGAUAUAGAGGACUUGCCGCCUGCUGUCCAGGAGAAGCUGUUUGAUGAGGUGCUGGAUCGAGAUGUGCAGAAAGAACUGGAAGAGGAAUCUCCCGUUAUUAACUGGUCUCUGGAGCUGGGCACACGCCUGGACAGUCGUCUGUACGCGUUGUGGAACCGCACAGCCGGAGACUGUCUGUUGGACUCUGUUCUACAAGCCACAUGGGGCAUCUAUGACAAGGACUCUGUGCUCCGCAAGACUCUCCACGACAGCCUGCACGACUGCUCCCACUGGUUUUACACACGCUGGAAGGAGUGGGAGUCGUGGUACUCGCAGAGCUUUGGUUUACAUUUCUCCCUUAGAGAGGAGCAGUGGCAGGAGGACUGGGCGUUCAUCCUGUCUCUGGCUAGCCAGCCCGGGGCCAGCCUGGAGCAGACCCACAUUUUUGUUCUCGCACAUAUUCUUCGAAGACCGAUCAUAGUCUACGGAGUGAAAUACUACAAAAGUUUCCGUGGGGAAACGUUAGGAUACACUCGUUUUCAAGGUGUGUAUCUGCCUCUGUUAUGGGAGCAGAGUUUCUGCUGGAAGAGCCCCAUUGCCCUGGGCUACACGCGGGGCCACUUCUCAGCCCUGGUGGCCAUGGAGAACGACGGCUACGACAAUCGUGGUGCGGGCGCCAACCUCAAUACUGACGACGAUGUCACGGUCACUUUCUUGCCACUGGUGGACAGCGAGAGGAAGCUGCUGCACAUUCACUUCUUGUCUGCACAAGAGAUGGGCAACGAGGAGCAGCAGGAGAAGCUGCUGAGGGAAUGGCUGGACUGCUGCGUGACAGAAGGAGGGAUGCUGGCAGCCAUGCAGAAGAGCUCUCGACGCCGCAACCACCCCUUGGUCACCCAGAUGGUGGAGAAGUGGUUGGACAGAUACCGCCAGAUCCGCCCCUGUGCCUCUCUUUCCGACGGCGAGGAGGAGGAUGAUGAAGAUGAGUGAGUGAGGGGGAGUAGAGACAGAGGGAGCUCUUCAGAAUGGACACUGUGGACUCUGGGAGAGAGUUCCUUACUAUCUACAUUUUUUUUUUUUUUUUUGGUUUUCCUUUCUCCAAAAUGUAAAUCUUUAACUUGUAAUAAUGCAUGUGUUCCGUGAGCUCUGUGGUAGAAAAGAUACCAGCACCAUCAAACAGAACCCUGAUUACUGCUCCUGGAGAAAGCACAUCAAGUCCACUUGGUUUGCCUUCUUAUACUCAGAUUUUUUUCCCUGUUUGUUAUCAAGGUAAUUAUCACACUUGAGAGAAAUACUAGAACAUAUAGGAACAUAUACUGUAUUCAAGGAAAUCCCGAAGCUGCACUAGAUGAGGAAUUUCAUUUCCAGAAUUGCCUGACAGAAAUUUCGCUUAAACCUGAGAGGAUGCUAAUCCGUGUGUGUAUGUUUAAGGUUUAAAGAGCACCUGUUUUCCUGAUUGCCGAUCCCUCUGUAAAACCCCAUUUGAUGUUGAAUUUAUUUAUUUGUUUAGAAGAUUUAGCACACGGAGGCGACGCCUUUUGUUCUGCCCCGUUUUAUCUGUGUUCCGUUUGAUCCAUUCAGUCUUGAAGUAUUUUAUUUUGCACAGAUAAAUUACCUACAUUCUGUGAGGGGGAGGGGGAAAAAUGACCUACAAGUUUACUGACAUUUUUAUGUGUGACUAGUUCGUGUUAGACUGGGUGGUGGUGACGCUGGUUGGGACAAAACAGAAAACCAAACACUCUGCCUCUUUCAAUGGAGAGCAUAUUAAAUUUGACUCACUUGCAUCUA